AGAAGUAGAUAGUAUUUAUUUUCAAUAAGCACAAACCAUAAAGCCUAAGUGACUUCCAUCCUUAUACGAUCUUUAGUUAGUCUACAAAAUCAAUAAGUGGAACUAGAAAUUUACUUCAUUGGACAAAACAAAUGCAUUCGAUUUAAGAACCAUUAUUAGGUCUCAUCAUUUGUUAAAAUUUGAUAGAACCUGAUGAUAAACUACUAGAACUUCUAAUACCAAAGAAGCUUUGUUGUCAACCAAAAUUGUUACAUUCUAUUGAUAACGCACCAUAAUAUUUUCUAUUUUGUUUGGAAUCUGUGUUUAUCAAACGCCAUUCCAAUUGAUGAGAAAUACUAUACCGAACUUUAGCUAAAAAAUGUCGCAUGGGUCAAACUAGUUCAACGAUCGCCGAGCGGUCAUCUAAAUUUAUGCAAGAACUUAGGCGAAUUUGCAAAUUUGCGAAAAAAGAAAUGAUAAUGAGAAUUAUGGUUGCCGAUUUUGGGCUGGGUUGUUGUUGUUAGAUCUGUAACUGGAGCGUUGGGUAUAUAACCCCGGUUGGCCGCUGGCAAUAUCACAGUCCACCAGCGACCUUUCCCCAGGCACAGUCCAGCCCAUCCCAGUACAAUUUCAAGGUUCUCGAUCCUAGUGUACCCAAGGAAAUAUCCAGGAAAAUACCCAAUAUGAAGUUCUUCUACGGAGCUCUGCUGGUGCUGGGCACAGCAAUUAUUGCCCAGGCGGCCGUUGCCCGCUCCAACGAUGAGACCGCCCAGGAGACUGCUCAGCAGAACAAGUACCGCCUGUUCAAACAGCCCGUACAGAUCGAGGCACGCAACUUACAGCAGCUGUUGGCCCUGAAGCAGCCAUCCUGCCCGCCUGCUGCGGACACCACCACCACCACCGUGCCCACAACCUCCACGGUGACUACUUCACCCACUGGACCCACCACCUCAACCGGAACUUCGACCAGCACCACCACACCCACCACAUCGGGCUCUGCCACUGGAACUUCUACUAGUCGUUUCUUAAACCAUAAUAAUUCGGAGGACAACGAUGUUGAUGACGAGGAGAUCGAGGAGGAGAAAUACCUAAAGGACGAGGAGCAUGAGGACGAUGUGGAGGAUGAUGACGAGGAUGACGGCUUCCAGCUAGUGGCUCCCAAGGACUCAUCUUCAUCUACUUCACUUCGUCGUCGUGGUAGCUCCUCUUCCAGUUCAAGCAACAACAACAACCUGUCCAACAGCGAACUAAUGCGCGAGAUCGAGCUGCGUCGCCAGAAGGACCUCAACGAUCAGCUGCGCAAACAGCUGGCCAAUGCUCGUCGUCGCACCGUUCAGAGCCGCCGCCGUGCAAACAACAGUCGUCGCCGCAACCGCCGUCGCCAGCAACAGAAGCGCAAAAACCUGUCCCGCCGCAACCAGCAGAGGCGCCGUUCACAGAACCGUCGCCACCGCAACGCCCGUCGUCGCCAACGCCGCAACAACCGCCUCAGCCGUCUGCGUCAGCGUCGUCGUGCCAACCGCCGCCGCCGCAACUAAAUGAUCAGCGAUCAUCAAUAACCUCUGACCUACGACAUGUACGACAAUCGGUUUCAAUAAAGUGAAUUUCUAAAAACAAAAA